GAGAAGAGGAGAAGAAACGGACAUAGGGAAAACCCCUUGAAAUCAACAAAAAAUUUCUGAGUUUCAUUGCAAUGGCGAGCAGUUGGAGAAGGACUUUUGGAAACGUGAGAUCUUUUAUUGGUAACUCGAUGGGAGGUCUGAGAGGAGGAACCAAUCUCGCUUCAUGGGUUGUCGCAGGAACCUUAGCUUACUUUCUUUGGGUCAAACCUUCUCAAGAUCUAAAAAGAGAACAAGAGGAAAGGGCCGCUCUGGCUGCAGCUUCGGAUCGUUAUCGUUACGUCGAAAAAAGAAAACCUAUUCCCGAUCCUCAGGAAACGGGCUUGAUAUAUGGAAAGAAGAACACAACCAAGAAAUUGGACGAUUGACAUAGCUAAACUUAAUAAUCAAAGCAAAAUGGGCUUUAUCCAUUAGGAUAAGUAUGGUUAUUUUGAAAGUAGUGGACAUGGUGAAGAAUCUUCUUUGAUGGUCCUCAGCUACAUUUUUUAGAGCUCAAUGGAGUACCAUCUGUGAUGAUCAUCUUUUGUGUAGCGGGGUUCCUGCAGUUGUAUUCUUUUUUGUUUUUGGGGUUCUGUCCCCUUCUCUUUCCUUUCAGUGACCUUUUUUGCAGUGUACAAGAUUUACGAACCUGAUACUUUAUAACAAUUUUUGGUAAAGACAAUGGUACUUCUUGUCUUCUAUUCCCAUUAAUCCUGGAGUUUUCAGUGCAGAGAGCAGUCAUCUUGGAAACAUCAGAAAAGAAACUUUGUGAUGACAAUUUUGCACCAAAUCCUCAGACCACCCAUGUUAAGUGCUCCCUUAUACUAUUAAUGUUAAUUUUUGACAAUUGUAUGCUCUACUAGUAAAACCCCUGGUUGAUUUCUAUAUGCCCAUGUAAACACGAUUCUAAAAAUUCUUCGAGCUGUUUGAGUUCCCAGGUGUACCUAUUUCUUCUUUCUUUAUAUUUUUGUUUGUUUUUUCUCCCGUCAGUUUAACUCGACAUAGAGAAGAUUCAUUAUUCUUUUCAUUAACUGGUCUUUGUUACUUUUAUUUUAUUGCUCCAUAGCUUUUGGAUUUUUUUAAGGGAACGAAUGGACAAUAGAAAUCUUAUCGCUCGAUUUGUACUUCACUGGGCUGUGAGAAUAUUCAAAUUUGUGAUCUUUGUCGAGUUAAUGUUUUUUGGCUUCUAUAUUUGGUCCUGCAAAUUCAUUUAAUGAUAGUGUAACUUA